UUUUUUCCCACUUUCCGUUUAGUUUGUCUUACGUUUGGUCCUCCGUUCGAUCCGACCCAUCAGACGGUCUUACCGUGCGUUUUCUACUGUUAUUCACCCUGCAUUUCCUAACAGUUUUCAGCUCCAGCGUCGGAAUUCUCAAUCUCCGUUCACCGUCGUCUUCGUCCAUCCAUGGUAAUGGCCGCCACCGCUCGGACCGUAGAGGAGAUCUUCAAAGAUUACACUGCCCGAAGAGCCGGCCUUGUUCGUGCCUUAACUGACGAUUCGGACGAAUUCUACGCACAGUGCGAUCCAGAAAAGGAGAACCUGUGUCUGUAUGGACAUCCAAACGAGAGGUGGGAGGUAACUCUGCCGGCGGAUGAAGUGCCACCGGAGCUACCUGAACCUGUUCUUGGUAUCAAUUUUGCUAGAGAUGGCAUGAACCGCAACGACUGGCUUUCCCUCAUUGCUGUUCACGGUGAUUCUUGGCUGCUCUCAGUGGCUUUCUACCUCGGUGCUCGUCUUAAUAGGAACGAUAGGAAACGACUUUUCAGCAUGAUCAAUGAUCACCCUACUGUCUUUGAAGUUGUAACAGACAGGAAGCCCAGAGAAAAGCCCAGUAUCGAUAGUGGAAGCAAAUCUCGAGGGAGCACUAAGAGAUCAAGCGAUGGGCAAGUGAGAAGCAAUCCCAAACAAGAAAAUUACCAUGCUGCUGAAGAUGAACACACGGAUACACUUUGCGGAAGCUGUGGUGGAAACUACAACGCUGAUGAAUUCUGGAUCGGAUGUGACAUCUGCGAGAGAUGGUUUCAUGGCAAGUGCGUGAAAAUAACCCCUGCCAAAGCUGAGACCAUUAAGCAGUACAAGUGCCCAUCAUGCUGCAUCAAGAGGAACAGGCCUUAACCCACUUUGCUAUCGUGCCUCUUACCUGCACAACAGACUAGUCAAUUUAGUCUUAUUAGUAUCAUUUACACUUCCUGUAAUGCAUUGUUACAAAAAUGCCUUUUAUUUAUUUUUUAUCUGUAAUCCUCAUGUUCUCUAAUGUCAGCUAUUUGUAAUCUAAUCUCCUGAUGUAUGAAAAGUGCUUCAAUAUGACUUUGGUUAUUCGGCCUCACUCUUCUCUCAAAAUUCAUCCAUAUCUGCAUCUGGUGCACAACUUUGCUAGUUUCUGGGUUCUUGAUCUCUACUGAAUGGUUCUAUUUAUUGAUGCAGACAAAAUAUCCGCCGGAAGUGCCAAGCAAGUCUGAACGUGAAGAAGCAUCAUCAGCCAAAUCUCUGGAAGAAGACAAAUAUGAGGGAGAGGUGGGACAGUUGUUACUGAGCUGUACAAUACGAUUGGCGGGAUGGUAAGUACUUCCUUCAGAGUCCUUGAAAUACUUGGAUCAAGAAAUUCAAGCUCAGAUGGACUCUGCACGACCUUGCUUGAUUUUGUCCGGCAACUAGAGACAAGACAUUGGCUAGGAUCUGCACACCAUAAGAAACCAUAUUUCCCUUUUAGUUCUUCACGUCUGCCCCCCCAUCUCCCUUCUCUUGUCACUUUCCCUAGUUUCCAGAUUGUUUCGGUUUACUCUUUCUCUUGGGGUCUGGCUUCCUUACCUUUAUAACUUCCUCAUCACCAAAGCAAAGGGGGUUCUAUUCUUCUCUGCAGUGCUUGAGCUGGGGCUGUGUGCUGCAUUUCACUCAAGCACGGCCGCUGGAGUUGGAUCGUCCUCUACCUGUAGACAAUGGGUUCCAGUCGCUCUGAUGGCGCCGGUAAAGAGCGACUGCGGUGGACGCAAGAGCUACAUGACCGGUUUGAAGAAGCUGUUAACCAGCUUGGCGGCCCUGACAGGGCAACUCCGAAAGGGAUCCUGAAGGCUAUGAGCAUUCCUGGACUCACCAUCUACCAUGUCAAGAGCCACUUGCAGAAAUACAGGAUCUCAAAAUUUAUCCCAGAAACACCCAACAGAGGGAUGGAGAGAAGAAACAUUUCAGAGAUGCUGCCGAAUUUCAGUGCCACCUCAGGCGCUCAACUGAACGAAGCACUGCAAAUGCAGCUGGAAGUGGAGAGGCGGCUGAGCGACCACCUCGAGGUUCAGAGAAACCUGAAGCAGAAGAUCGAAGCUCAGGGGAGAUUCCUGGAGAGGAUCGUGGAGGAGCAUAGGAACAGAGCUGCUUUCUCCAAGCCAAGGCCCUUCCCUGCCAUGUCGUUGCCAUCUCUGUGUGAUGAGUCCGAGUCCAACACCAAGGAAGAUGAGUCAGACUCAGAAGGAGACCGUCUGGAAGUUCAGUCAGCAGCGGAUUUCAGGGCUAUGAAGAGACUCAGGGCGGAGAACGACAUUCUGCCGCCGCGCUACAAGAUUUCUUCUUCUUCCAUGGCUGCUGCGGUGGAGCCCUACUCGGCGGCUGUUCAGAACAUGAUGUUUCAGAAAGAUGCCAAGUUCUCGUACCCAACUCAAGGGAUCAACUUUGCCUGGAACAAUAUGUCAUGCCCCUCCCCAUUGGUACCUAGCUUUUUCUGAACUCAACCACACAAAAAAGGAACUAAUACAUUAUUUGGAUUGUUUCUUUUUUAUUUCUUUUAUUCCAAAAAAGAAAAAAAAAACGUGAAAUAGGCUGUUUUGGGAGGAUUGAAUAACGGAGAAACUCCAUAGAAAGAAAAAGAAAGGAAAAACAUUUUCGCACCAUUAUUUAUCUUGGAUGUCUAGCAAUAAGCAUCCUAAUUUGACGCACUUUUUUCUUUUUUUCUUUUUACGCAAAAGGUUGAUGUAUUGUUAUCAUCCUAUCCUAUGUAACAACGUGGUACUGUUAAACCUUUAAAGUAAAAAUGUCUGGU